AUGGAUGCUUCACCAAAAUGGUGUGUUAGGAAGAAAGAAGAUUCACCAACUUUGGCUAGUAUCCGCCAUCGAAUUCAAUCACUAGUUCAAUUAACAAAAAGACUAGGCGUUUACACUGUAGGUCAUAUGUCUGCCGCCGGAUUUGAAUAUACAGGUAAUGGAGAUACAGCUCGCUGUAAGGACUGUGGACUUGAGGUAUCUAACUGGAGAUCAGAUAUGAAUCCAUUUACUAUUCAUUCAAAACAGAGACCUGAUUGUCCAUUCGUCUGCACUAUAAUACCAUCUUCGUUGUCAAAUGUACCUGCCUCUUUCGUUCCGCCAACAACUGCUGUUGAAAAGAUAUCUAUGCCAAAUGAACAAGAAAAUCCUUCUAAACGUCGAAAAAUUGAAACAACGGAUUCGGGAUCUGUCUCAAACACUUUACUUGAAACAAGUUUACUUCAACAAGUGCGAAGACGUACUUUUUCUCAUUGGCCUCAUCCUACUAUUCCAUCAAGUGCACAAAUGAUGGAAGCUGGAUUUUUUAAUUGCAAUGUUGGUGAUCGAGUAAUAUGCAUUUAUUGUAAUCUGAUUUGUCAACAAUGGACACCACAUACAGAUGAUCCAUGUGAAGUACAUAAAACACGUUCACCUAAUUGUAUAUAUGUCAAAGCCAAACUGAUACGUCCUUCAGCUUCAUCUAUAAUAAUUGUCAAUGAAGGUGCAACAGAUGCAAGUGGAGACAAUCGUUUAUCAACAUUUCAUAAUCUCGGCCCAUUACGAUCUAAUGAUAUUAAGUUUACAGCUUCAUGUAAUCCAGCUUAUUCAGAAAUACCAAAACGUCUUGCAUCAUUUGCAACAUGCUCAAAUGAAGAUUUACCAUCAGUAGAUGAUUUAGUUCGAGCAGGAUUUUUCUAUACAGGUACAAAAACGAUUGUUACUUGUUUCUAUUGUAAUGGAUCAUUACAUAGCUGGGGUCCAAAUGAUAAUCCAAUGAUUGAACAUGCACGUUGGUUUCCACAUUGUGCAUAUGCUCGACAAUUAUAUGGUGAUGAUUUAUAUCGAAAAAAUCAAGAAUCUAAACGAGCACAACAAGGUAUGUUUGAAAAAUUAUAA